CUCGAAAACGCGGCCCUACCACCGCCUUCUCCGUUCGCCAAGUUCAAGAGCGAGAAACAUUCGGGAGGAAGCCUCACGAGGACGUCGCGAAUGACUUGUUCUCGGACUUCUCGUGUAAAUCAACGCAAUCGAGUUCUGAAGGACGAUUUUAUCCGAAUCGAGGCCGUCGAGGGUUCGCUCUCUGCGACGAAGAGGACCAUACGACUGGUCGUGUGACAGCAAGAUCAUUUUUGCAGCGAGUGAGUCGACGGAAGCAGAAGACACUGUGCGAGGCGAAUCUCGAAGACUCAUUUCGUUCGGAUUAAGAAAAGCUCGUCAGGAAAGUGUCCGUUUCUUUCUGACAGAAAGGAAGACGUCGGUCGAUUUUGUGAGAUCCGAUCUGGAGAAGGCCGAUCGAUCGGAUUUCGCUUAGGCGUCGCUGGAGGAAGGUGCACGAUGGAACGUGUCCUCGUAGGCGAAUCGCGAGAGGCAUCCUUGACGGUGCGCCGGGCUGACGCGUGCGACGCAGUUUAAGGCCGCGCGAGUUGGUGCAAGACGCGAAGAAGCAGGGGAGAACGCGAGAAAAAUCCCGUUAUCGUUGUGGAAACAAACUAUUAGCGUAAGAUAGCACGUUCGUCAAGCGGAUAGAGCAGGCGUGUGACAGUCGCCGCGCUGAAGCACACCGGAACAGAAGUUACUCGCGUGUCUUCGUCGACGACGGACGGAUGACUUGCAGACGACAUUUUUACCGCUCGUGACGGCAGUUGUCAAACCAAGAAGUAAGGGAAGAGCGUAGUUGUGAGAUCGUUUUUUGUAACGGAACGCGCUCGUCGCGAGGAGGAACAGCAGCUCUUGGUACUCCCUGGAGAAAUCUCGCGGACGUUUGACAUAGAUCUAGAAUCUCGUCAUGUUUUAACAACCGGAAUUUUUGUUGAGCAAAGAAUGUUUCGCGAGUGAAAGCAAUUCGAGACGCGCUGUAAUUCAUCUGGAGCUCGCAAUACAGAGUAUUUUUCAUCAAAAAUCCGGUCCUCCGUGCAGAAGCGAUGCAUGUUUGCAAUUAGAAUCUUGGGAAUUCUCUUAAAAAAAAAUAAUAGAUUUUCGCCGGAUAAACGUAAAGGCGAAAGAAAAGGGAGAGAAAGAGAGAAAACACCUGCACCUGCGACGGUACUUGACGGAGGAUGAAAGCGAGCGGUAGCCUCGAAGGAUCGGUCGCGGGACCGUCGGCGAAAUAGACGGUAUCUCGGAAGCGGAGCCCUUACGCUCAUGAGGCGAUCACGAUGGAGCCACGUGCGAUGAUGAUGUCGAACCUGUCGUGCGACGGCUGCGCGGACAGCGACCGGGACUCCGACAGCAGCAGCAUGAUCGUGGACCCGGUGAGUCUCGACAAGAACGAUCUGUCGCCGUCGCAGUCGUCGUCGAGCCCGGUGAUACCGAGCUCCCCGGUGCCGACGCCGACCCCGACGCCGACACCGCCGGCGAGAAGUCGGGGCAGUAGCGGCAGUAGCCGCUCCAAGAAGACAUACUCGAUGAUGUCGGCGUCAAGUCAGCAGAAAUCCGGCGGUUCCAGCCAGCCGUCCUCCGGAUACGGCUCGGACAAGAUGUCGUCGUCCUUGAUAAAGCCACCGUACUCGUACAUCGCGCUGAUCACGAUGGCGAUCUUGCAGUCGCCGCAGAAGAAACUGACGCUCAGCGGCAUCUGCGAGUUCAUCAUGUCGCGCUUUCCCUAUUAUCACGACAAGUUCCCUGCCUGGCAGAACUCCAUCAGGCACAACUUGUCGCUCAACGACUGCUUCAUCAAAAUCCCCCGCGAGCCCGGCAACCCCGGCAAGGGCAACUACUGGACCUUGGACCCACUCGCGGAGGACAUGUUCGACAACGGUAGCUUCCUGAGACGUAGGAAGAGAUACAAGAGACCGCCGCCACAUUACGUCCUACGAGAUCGAGCGAUCAUGGCCACUUUCGCCAUCUGCGGCGAUCGAGGACCAUGUCCAGGUGGAGGCAGCGGUCAUCCGGGUGCCUUGGCUUAUCCCGGCGCCGCUUACUUGUCGCCACCGCCUGGCUUGCCACUGUUGGACUUCUCGCCGUCUACCUUAGAGGCACUGAAGCUCGGCGGCUUCUUGGAGCCGCCGCCGCCGCUCUACAAACCAGUGCCCAUCACGGCGCCUCCUAUCAGGCAGAUUGACCCGAGCUCUGCGAGGGUUCCGACGAUACCAGCUAGCCACACGAGCGUCGACAAGAAGCGGAACUUCAGCAUAGACGCCCUCAUCGGCAAACAGGCGGCUAGCGACCAGAACUGUGGUGCGCUGCUGGAUCUCAGCCCGUCGGAGCACAGAGAGAUCAGAAGUCAAGCGUCCGCGUUCUCGCCGCUCGUCUAGGAGUUUGGCGAUGUUCUCCUCCGGGGCGAAACCGACCGCCAACCGACGGUGACUUACCGAGGCGGGAAGCUGAUCAUAUUGUAGGUCCUCGCGGAAUGAUCAAAACGUCCACGAUUGCUGGAGUUCAACGAGAGCGUAAUUAAUCGAGAAUACGUCAAACGUGUUCGAGCAUUUUGUAUUGUUGCUGAGUAAACUCAACGUUUGACCGCGUCUUGGGGGCCAGGGACUUUACCCUUUAGAUGGACCUGCCAAACAGUAGACAUGGAGGUUUCUCCUCGUCGGGGAAAAGAGUGAUCGCGUUAAACUACGUUAACGAAAGGUGACUGUAUCGAGAUCAUGUUGGUGAAUCGUGCGUCGCUGAUCAGACACUCGGCACGGAAUACCAGAUCGAAGAUGCUUAACGAUUCCCGACAGAAUUUGAGGCAAUCGCGCCGCGAUGAUCGACUCACACCGGAGGUGACGGUAAUUGAUAUGGUCUAUCAGUUGUCUUCUGAUAAGUUCUGUCCAAAUGAACACGACAUUUUGAUACCAUGAAUAAGUAGACUCGACAAAUUGCUGAUAUCUUCUUCUUCUUCUCGCAGAACAGAACAAUGAGCAGACAAAAAUCUGCAAUAUUUUAAAAAGAGACUUGAAAGAAGGAUAAUAUUUUUGGAUUCUUCUUGCAAAACAAAACAAUGUGAACAGACAAUAAUUUAUUAAAAUAUGCAAUAUUCUAAAGAGAUCUGAAAGAAAAUAAACAUUUUCUUUUUUUGCAGAAAGGAAAAAUGAGCAGACAAUAAUUUAUUUUAAAAUCUGUGCAAUGCUCUACAGAAACUUGAAAGAAUAUAUAGAAUAAUUUUUGCUGCAAGUUCUUUUUAUAUAGACCGUAAUUUGUUGUGAUUAUCAAGCGACAACAAUUAUGUUUACUUCAAAAUAUUACGUCUGUAUUAUUUGGACAGGAUUUAUCCGCAAAUCGGGAUUGUUACAUUCAACACACAUCUCGAACAGCAUGAAUCUUCGAGAACUCGGCGAGAUAUACUUGCUCCACACGUGUUAGCGGUUCACUUUCACGAUAAAAUAAAUGUUCAGCGAUGAGAAGAACAUACGCGAGAUCGAAGUUCUGGCGUCAUCUGUGUUACCUAAAGUUCUAGUUUUCAUUCGGUAAGACGAGACACAAGUCGUACUCUGCAUAAUCGAGCCAAACCUGGCGUAAGAUACCAGGUGAUCGUUUCCUACCGACUGAUCAUCAAAAUAAAUCGCGGAAAUUAUAAGAAGACGUAUGAAUCGACUUAAUAAGAUGUAUAUCGAAGAUAACAGCGCGAAUAUAUAUAUAUAUAUAUAUAUAUAUAUAUAUAUAUAUAUAUACAUAUACGUAUAUAUAUAUGUAUGUAUGUAUACGCGCAUCACUGUAAAAAGGCGUAGUGCAAUAGCGUGUAGUGUUUUAUUUAAAGUACGUCGCGGCGCUUCUUAAGACGGACGGUGGAAGUAAAUAACUGAUCACUUCAUUGCGUCAAAUAUAAAAAAUCUAACUCGUUUUUUUAGAAAACUCGAAUCUUCGCUGCAGUCAUCGUAAUAAUUCAACGACAUCAUUACUCGGCAAAUCAUUACUCUUUGGUAACCGACGAGAGUCACAAGAAAAUCGAUAGUCUAUUCAGAUUUGACGGUUCGUUAUAUUAAUGAUCCUGAUAAAUUAGUUAUCGUCACUCGCGAGUCCGUUCUCAAGAUUCUAACGUAAUGUUGACGGCGUCAUUGUUCGCGUUAUUAUUAAUUCGUUAUUAUUAUAUGACAGUAUAACUUGGGUAUUUCUACACAUCUCGGUGCUGUCCGGGUAUCCACACUCGCGCGGGUAUUACCCGAGCAAAUAAUUACGAGUAUGCAAUGCAUUCGUUCGUUAUCUGUUAUAUGUUAAAGAAUCAACAACGUAAAGAUGUCAAAUUGUUUCAUGCAUUCAUUAAAUUUGGCAAGUUACUCAAGUUGCAAAAUAAAGCUGCCUUCUCUCGGUCCAAGUAGGCGUGAAGACCUCAAGUAAACAUAUCUGAGUAAUGUCCAAAAAGUACAAGUACUUAGGCACGGAAAAAAUCUCAGCUUAUGCAACUGAAUGGGGACCAGACGGGAAGCUCGCUGAUGGAAAAUAAUAUCUCUGUCAUCAUGACUGAAGAUAUUCCUCCGAAUAAUUCAGCUAUAUUAAAACUCGGCUGAAGUAACUGAGAGCAAUUGGCUGAGUAGAAACCUCCUACGGGAAUCUUUUUGUUCCUGCAACUGAGCUUUUCAUCUGGUUCACAGAAAAAUUUACGCUGACGGAGUUGCUUAUUGGUAAAGCCCGAAAGACUCAGAUACCCGGCUGGACGAAAUUGACAGCACCGGUUAUUACGCACGUGACAUUGCGUUGCGCGCGUCGAAUUGCUUCGGAUGCUGCCCGGGGGUGAGCCUGGAAGAGAAAUUGAACAAUAAUGUACUUCCACUCGCCGAGCGACCCUUUGCGAUCAAAGUUCGUCGUGCGAAUGAGUUGCCCUCCCCUUACUCUUCCCCGAUUUCGUCGUUUCACUUUCGUUGCCCGGAACCGUUCGGUUAGACGAAUAGACGGCCGCUUCCACCGCACGGUCGAUUAAUAUCGGCAUUGUAAAUACGCGUCCCGAGCAAAUAUAUGCGCAGCACUCUGUUAUAUAGCGGGGAGCACUUUUCUCCGGCGGAUUUAAUGUAAAAGGCGUCCCGCACUCCCUCGGCCCAUUUAGCCGUAAGCGGUCAAGUAGACGUUUGGUGUACAUACAUCGAAGUAGCGCGAUCCCCAUGUAAUUGUGAAUACCUAUAUCGCAUUUUACGGUUUGAGACGCGCACUGCGACGUUCGCGCGACGAUGCGACUGCCGUUGACGAGGAAAUGUUCGACGACCUUGCACACUUUCUCCCCCCGAAAAUGCUUUCAACCUGUCGCGCCGUGCGCCGACGAGCGCAAAGUGAGACAGUUUUCAUUUUCCGGCUGACGAUGAUCGCGCAUUUUACGAAAAAACAUUACGCAAUUACCCGAGGUGUAGUCGGAAAAAAUCCCGAUUAAUUAAAAAGACCGUCUCGGUUUUAAAAGUUUGGAAAAUUAAGUCUGUUGAAAGAUGAGAUUGGAUUUUGCAGCAAACUAAUGGAAUUUGUACGAGGG